CAAAAUUUUCCACCAAUGAAAAUGGUUUAAGAAAGCAGAGCGAAAUAAGCGUAGAGAGAAAGUGGGAGAAAUUAAAGAAGAAAAAGAAGCGUAGACGUAGUAGCAUAAGGUAGAAGAUAGAAGCGUGUAGUAUAGUGAGUAGAGAAUGGCUCUGAACGAUUUCUUCGCGGGGGAGAUCGCGGCGGAGCUGGUGAAGAUGCUGAUCAGCAUCUCCCGGAAGUCGCUCCUCUGCCGCGCCAGCGCCGACCAGCUGAUCGCGUACAUGAACGAGCUGCUGCCGACGAUCGAGGAGAUAAAAUAUUCGGGCGUGGAGGUUCCCGCCCAGCGGCAGUCCCAGCUGGACCGCCUCUCGGAGCUCCUCCGCUCCGGCGUGCUCCUCUCCCACAAGGUCCUCUCCUCCAGCCGCUGGAACGUGUACCGCAACCUCCACCUGGCCCGCAAAAUGGAGAAGCUCGAGAAGAGCGUCUCCAAGUUCUUGAUGGGCCCCAUGCAGGCCCACAUCUUGGCCGACGUCCACCACGUCCGCUUCGAGAUGGCCGAGCGCUUCGACCGCCUCGACAACUCCUGCAGCCGCCUGGAGCACUACUUUCGGAACAUGAAGAUCGGCGUCGGCGGCGGGGGCUGGGUCGAGGAGGCUGUCAGGACUGUCGACCUCCACGCUGCUCACGGCGCCUCCGCCGUUGGCUUGGCUUUCGCCAAGUGUAAGGUCAGGGAGCUGGUUGUCGGAAGGGAGGAUCUUUGGGUUGUUGGGAUUUCUGGGAUUGGUGGCUCCGGGAAGACCACUCUUGCUACAGAGGUCUGCAAAGAUGAUCAAGUUAGAUGUUAUUUCAGGGAGAGGAUUUUGUUCUUGACUGUGUCGCAGUCUCCGAAUGUGGAGCAUUUAAGGACGAAGAUUUGGGGGUAUAUUAUGGGCAACGAGAGGUUGGAUGAAAAUUAUGUGGUUCCGCAGCGGAUGCCACAGUUUGAGUGCAGAAGUGAAACUCGAACUCUCAUUGUUUUGGAUGAUGUGUGGACACUCUCUGUGAUGGAGCAGCUUGUGUGUAGAAUACCCGGUUGCAAGUUUCUUGUGGUAUCCAGGUUUAAGUUCCAAACGGUGUUAAGUUAUGAAGUGGAAUUGCUGAGUGAAGAGGAUGCCUUGUCUUUGUUCUGUCAUCAUGCUUUUGGACACAAAUCAAUUCCUUUAUCUGCUGAUGAGAAUUUGGUCAAGCAGGUUGUGACUGAGUGUAGAAGGCUUCCUUUGGCUCUUAAGGUGAUUGGGGCUUCUUUGAGGGAUCAGACUGAGAUGUUUUGGAUGAGUGUUAAAAACAGGCUUUCUCAGGGACAAAGUAUUGGUGAAUCCCAUCAAAACAAUCUGAUUGAAAGAAUGGCAAUUAGUAUCAACUACCUGCCAGAGAUGAUCAAGGAGUGCUUCUUGGACUUGUGUUCAUUUCCUGAGGAUAAAAAAAUUCCUCUGGAUGUUCUCAUCAAUAUGUGGGUUGAAAUCCAUGAUAUUCCUGAAACAGAAGCUUAUGCAAUUGUUGUUGAGCUCUCCAACAAAAAUCUCCUCACCUUGAUGAAAGAGGCACGCGCAGGAGGCAUGUAUAGUAGUUGCUUUGAGAUCUCAGUUACUCAACAUGAUGUGCUGAGAGACUUGGCCCUCAAUUUGAGCAACCGUGCGAGCACCAACGAACGCCGGCGAUUAGUUAUGCCAAAACGAGAGAAUGGAAUUCCUAGAGAGUGGUUGAGAUUCAAACACAGGCCUCUUGAGGCUCAGAUUGUUUCAAUUCACACAGGUGAAAUGAAGGAAGAAGACUGGUGUAAUCUGGAAUUUCCAAAGGCUGAAGUGUUGAUUAUCAAUUUCACAUCCACUGAGUACUUCUUACCUCCCUUCAUUGAUAGAAUGCCAAAUUUGAGGGCAUUGAUAAUAAUAAACUACAGUGCAACAUAUGCUUGCCUACACAAUGUGUCAGUUUUCAAGAAUUUGUCCAACUUGAGAAGCCUCUGGCUUGAAAAAGUUUUCACCCCCGAGUUAUCAGGCAUUGCCAUGAAAAGCUUGGGGAAACUAUUUAUUGUCCUGUGCAAGAUGAAUAACAGUUUGGAGGGAAAAGAGGCAGAUUUGGCCCAAGCCUUUCCUAAUCUCUUUGAGCUCACACUUGAUCACUGUGAUGAUCUAACUCAAUUGCCCUCAAGCAUAUGUGGAAUGAAGUCCCUCCAAAACUUGAGUCUCACCAACUGCCACAAUUUGACUCAAUUGCCUGUUGAAUUAGGCAAACUAAGAUCCCUAGAGAUCCUUCGUUUAUAUGCUUGUCCUGAUCUGAAAACACUUCCUCCUAGCAUGUGUGACAUGGUGAGAUUGAAGUAUAUUGACAUUUCUCAGUGUGUUAACCUGACAUGCUUCCCUGAAGAGAUUGGUAGACUGGUAAGCUUGGAGAAAAUUGACAUGCGGGAAUGCUGCAUGAUUAGAAAUGUGCCAAAGUCUGCAUUGUCAUUGCAGUCUCUAAGGCUUGUAAUUUGUGAUGAGGAGGUAUCUGGGAUUUGGAAAGAGGUUGAGAAGGCUAAGCCUAAAGUGCAUAUUCAAGUAUCAGAGCAGUACUUUGAUUUGGACUGGCUUAAAGAGUGAGUCAGUGACCAAUAUGUGUCUAUGUUAUUUAUUGUGUUGUUUUAUUUUCCAAUUCCUUGUGGAUACUACUUGUACAUAUAUAUUAAAAUGGAAAUUAUCUUUUUCCAAAAUCAAA